AUAAGAGCAUUUUUCUCUUAAAAGGGUUGGUGAGAUCGGAAAUUAGAAAAAAGAAUGGCAGGUCCAGAUAUGGGUACGAUAACAGCAUCCUUGGAGAGAUCUCUGCAGAACUGCUCGUUGAACUACCACCGGGAAAGCAGUAGCAACGCCGACGGCGGAGCCUCCCGGAUCGGCGCCGGCAGGUCUUCUUCUUCUUCAUCUUCAUCCGCCGCCGUCGCCGCUCAUCAUACGCCGCCCAACAAUUCCUCGGUGGGGGAUGCAACUCUAGAACUCAAUUCAGAAAUCUCCAUGCCUUACCAUUGGGAACAAUGCCUCGAUUUAGAGACUGGGGAAGUAUAUUACAUAAACUGGAGAACAGGGAUGAAAGUGAAGGAGGACCCAAGAAUCACGAAGGAGUACAGUAGCGGUGAGUUUUACUCUGAGGAAGAUGAAGAAGAGGAUGAUGGUGAUGGUGAUGGUGACAGCUGUUAUGACGACGACACAGAAGAAAGUGGGUCUUCCUCAGAAGAGUCGACUCUUUCAUCUUCAAGGGAUGUUCAGCGUCGCCGCCAUGCAGGGAGCAGCCGGCCGGAAUCUUCGACGGCGGCGACGGCGGCGGCGGUGCUUGUAGUCGCGGGUUGCAAAACCUGUUUGAUGUAUUUCAUGGUGCCCAAAGAGGUCGAUGACUGCCCCAAAUGUUGCGGUCAACUUCUCCAUUUCGACCGGUCCGAUAAUUCCUCCCCAUAGAUCAUAUUCUUUUAAUUUCCUCUUCUUCUUUUUUUGGGUUUUUUUUCCUUCUAAAUUUAAUUUCUUGGUUCCUCUUUUAGUUUUUUCUUUCUUGGUAAGAUAUAAACUACUCCUGCAUGUGUAGUUUGGCAAUGCGGAUUUUCGUUAGUCCAGUGAAACCUAAACGGAAAAAAAAAAAAAAAAUUCUUCAUGCAUUUUUACUAGCAUCAUUCUUGUAUAUUUUCAUCGAGAAAAUACUAUGUGUACUGCCAUUUUCUACUCUUAAUUUUUACUCCACACACAAAAUCUUGAGGUAUUAGUACCCGCCAUAUCAGAGAGUAAAAUUUAGGAGUCAAUGUAGCAGAACCUUUUUCAUUGUGAGGAAUUUCAUUUUUAUUCCUUCAAUAAUUAGUCAUUUAUUGAAUAUUUUGAUUGUA